UAGAAAACGGAUCCUUCAUCUGCCUACUCAACCUCACUUUCAGCACCAAGGACAGAGCCUCUGAAGGGCAGCCCCAGCCAACAUUAAGGGUCCCUCCCAAAUCCUCUAGAGAUAACGGAUGCAUUCGAAAGCAGCUAAGAAACAUGCAGUAAGGUCUAAUAGGGAAGCUGGAAGAGCAGCAUACAAGUGAUUUCACCUUCGAGGCAAAAAUGGGUGAUUUUCUUUCUGUUCAUUUCAACAGUUUCUGUGUCCUAGGAAAGGCAAAGUUUGCUUUGCUUGAGCAUGUCCGCUGGCAGUAAAUGGCUACAGGAGCGGAGGUGCUAAACUUCAGUCUCCAGAAAUCAGAAGACAUUUUCAGGGAAACCCAUUGGGGUCACUCUUCUCCCUCUGGGCUAUGGCACCUCUGAGUCAGCUGAGUGGGCACAUCAACUCCACCUGUGGGGCAGACAACUCUACCGAGGCCAGCUGGGCCCGCCCACAUGCCUACUAUGCCCUCUCCUAUUGUGCACUCAUCCUGGCCAUCAUCUUUGGCAAUGGUCUCGUGUGUGCGGCAGUGCUGAGGGAACGGGCACUGCAGACCACCACCAACUACCUGGUGGUGAGCCUGGCUGUGGCGGACCUGCUGGUGGCCACCUUGGUCAUGCCCUGGGUCGUGUACCUGGAGCUGAGAUCAAGGAGAGAAAUUUUGAUGGCAGAGUUGGAGAAAGGAAGAGAAGAUAGUCAGAAUGGGUGGCACAGUGGGGGCCUAGAGGCCAGAGGACAGCUUGAGAGCUUUGGCCCUUACAGACUAAAGAAACAGGAUACCAAAGAAUCUGCCAGAUACACAGCAGUGGUCAUGCCAGUUCACUACCAACAUGGCACGGGACAGAGCUCCUGCCGGCGUGUGGCCCUCAUGAUUACAACCGUCUGGGUACUGGCCUUUGCCGUGUCCUGCCCUCUCCUCUUUGGCUUCAACACUACAGGAGACCCCAGCGUCUGCUCCAUCUCCAACCCUGAUUUUGUCAUCUACUCUUCAGUGGUAUCCUUCUACCUGCCCUUUGGAGUGACUGUCCUCGUCUAUGCCAGGAUCUACGUGGUGCUGAGACAGAGGAGGCGGAAACGGAUCCUCACGAGACAAAACAGUCAAUGCAUCAGUGUCAGGCCCGGCUUCCCUCAGCAAUCUUCCUGUCUUCGGCUGCACCCCAUUCGACAGUUUUCAAUAAGGGCCAGAAUUCCAUCAGAAGCCACUGGGAAAAUGGAACAUUCAGAUGAUAAACAAUAUCCCCAGAAAUGUCAGGACCCUCUCUUGUCACACCUGCAGCCCCUCUCUCCUGGCGAGGCACACAUGGAGCUGAGGCGUUACUAUAGCAUCUGCCAAGAUACUGCCUUCGGGCCACCAGGCUUCCAAGAAGCGGAAGGAGAAUUGAAAAAGGAGGGGAGGACUCGGAACUCCCUCAGCCCCACUGUGGCACCCAAGCUCAGCUUAGAGGUUCGAAAACUCAGUAACGGCAGAUUGUCUACAUCCCUGAGGCUGGGGCCCUUGCAACCUCGGGCAGUGCCACUUCGAGAGAAGAAGGCAACCCAGAUGCUGGCCAUUGUGCUCGGGACCUUCAUUGUCUGCUGGCUGCCUUUCUUUUUGACCCACGUUCUCAAUGCCCACUGCCCAGCAUGCCACGUGUCCCCAGAGCUCUACAGCGCCACAACGUGGCUGGGCUAUGUGAAUAGUGCCCUCAACCCCGUGAUCUAUACCACCUUCAAUGUAGAGUUCCGCAAAGCCUUCCUCAAGAUACUGUCUUGCUGAAGGAGAGAAGAGAACACUCCCUGUGCCCGCCUUUAUCUCUCAGGCCACUGGGCCACUGGCCAGGGCCUGCUCAGAAAGACUGCCAUGUCCUCUGGCAUGUGGUAGGAAGAAGAUUCCUGAAGCCAGGGCGCCACUGAGUGGCUGGGGUAACCAACUGCUUCCUCUAAAUCAGAACGUUCUACCUCCCAGCUAAAAUCUGAUUUCAUCCUGGCAAUCUUCAAGCAGUUGGGGAGACCGUGAACGAUAAGCAAUAAUUCAGAAAGAUGCUGAUAAAACAUGACUCUACACACACACAAAAUUGUCAUCGGAGGCAUGAUUCAUUACAGUGAAGGGGAAAUGAACAGAUAUAAUUCUCAACUUGCCGGGGUCCUUGAAAUCUCAGCCAGCAAACCAUCUUGCAGGACAGCCCAUCGCUCUUCCUUCAAACCUCUAAUUAGCUGUCAAGCUAAACUUGUACUUUUGUGGGCCCACUCCCUUUUGGUCAUUCCUUUCAUUCACUGUAUUUUGAGGUAUAAUGGCAAGGCCAGUGAUUCUGCCUCUCCACAGAAUCUGAUUGGCUAUGUUUGGUGAGGGAAAUUCCUCACCCUAAAGGAGACGUCCCACAUUGGGACCUGGGCUUCAUUUCAAACCUUGCUACCCCUGUAUUUUAGGUCUAGCUAAGAAGGCCCUUGAUUCCAUCACCUUACUCUCAGAGUCUCGACCCCAGAGUAAUUCAAAAUGUGGAUGUUAAGUGAAAAAGGAACAACAAUUCCCACUUGUAGCAUCAGUGUUGAACCUUGUGGUGCAGAACAUGUCUUCAAUAAGCUUUUCAUAACACUAUAAGGUUUUCCUACCCAGGCAUCUCCAUCUCCCGCUUAACAGGGACUCAAUACUUUCAGACCCUGAAAACUUAUUGAAUAUAUAGUGUCUGCAAAGUGCCUGUCACCUCCCAAGGUCUGGAUAUAGGACAAUGAAUAAGACAGAUCCUGCCCUCAAGGAGCUCACCACCUGCUCCUAUGUUUGCCCAUUUCCUUCUCGAAGGGUGGUAUGGUAGGGACUCACCUAGACUGCCAGGGGACCUCAGAACUGAGGGCACCAGGCAGGAUAGCUCCCCAAAACCAUCACAUGGACAGCCCUACUGCAGAUCCUAAACAUCACCACUCCAACAACUGAGAUUAAAGGUAUACAGAAGUAAUGUGCGAAUGUCAUUCAAAAUGGCAUAGAAGGAACCUGAAUAUUCUCACCAUUUACCUUUUCACCUACAGAAGCUAUUUUGCAUUGGUUACAGAAUGAAGGUACAAUUUAUGGAUAAUUUAUGAAACGUUAUCAUCCUGAACUUCAAUAAAUGUAUUGUUAAUAACCAUUAGUGCAUAGGCAUGACAGAUACCUGCUACAAUGCUGUUAAAACUAAAAGUGCACAAGAACUUACAAGGAAUCUAAGGCUUCUCUUGACCCAUCUUUAUUCCUCUAACCCUUAAGUGUAUAAGAAGGAAAUAUAUACCCUCAGUGAGCUGGUUACCUGUUACUCCUGAAUGCUUUAUAUGCACCAUUUUAAAAAUGUUAUUGUCUAUAACAAUAUUUAUUAUUGUAACUCAGUGGGAAAUUCUGUCUGUCUACUAGUUCUUCUGCCUUGUACCAACUAGUUCAAUAGGUGUAUGGUGCAAGCAGAACUGGGGGCUUAGACAAUUAAAUAC